UCCUUUUCAUUCUUGAAAUUGGCGCAACCGGCACUUCUAAGAAUUACUCAUCAAUCAGAUCACUCGCCUAAGCUGCUUAACAGUGACUUUUCCUUACGUAAACCUUUUGGCUCUAAGCUUAGUUCAGGGGACUACGAGUCACUAAUUUUGAAACAAGGACCCCGAUUUCACACCAAUUAACAGAAAAACAAUAAUUCCCUUAAAAUAAUUUACAUUUGUAUGACAGUUAAAUGUUACUUAAAACAUGGCCUGCCCUGCAAACACCUUCCACUCUCUCCAUUCAGGGAGUAGUUUUAGUUUUACCAACAAAUGGUAAAGCACCUUUUAACUAAAUAGAUGUUACUUAAAAUAUCUUCCUGCACCGCUGCCAGCGGCUGCCUCCACCGCUCAGUGAGUGGUUGCGGUGGAUUAGUGGGGCGGCGUUUAUUUUUAUUUGUGCAGGGCAACACGCCACGCAGUGCCAGUUGGGAAGAUGCAGCGCAUUUAUAUGCAUAGCCACCACGAGCACCUGGAGGUGUUCACCACGGUGCUUGCGCCGCAAGGCCGACAUUCAUACGGAGGCAAUGACGUCAAGAUGGUGGUGGUGCACAGCUACAGCCCCCACUGGCCUGACGAGCUGGAGCUGGCCGCUGGUGACGUCAUCGUGGUUUUGUCCCAGGACUGCUCUGGUCGCUGGUUCGGGCGCCUGCAGAACGGCCAGCAGGGAUAUUUCCCUGGAUCUUGUGUCCUGGAGCUCGGAAAGGAAAACUUGGCAACCAAAACUCCAAUGAGGAGGAGGAGAAGCUCAUCCCAGCGAGCCGCCUCAUUCUCGGAAGGUGACAGCCGACGCCUACGGCGCAACAGUGCCAGCGGUCCCGUUCUGCAGGCACUCAGAAGUGCGAGCCGCUCAGGAGGGGAAGCGGACACCGGCGAGGCCCCCACCCUUCUGCGGAGGCCCCCGCCCCCAUCGGCCCCACGCAGCCCCCAUGGCACCCCUCAGAUGCAGCGCUCCCCCGGCCUGCUGCACAGAAUGCUGUCGAAGUAUCGCAGGAAGAGCGAAUGUCAGGGAGCCACCAACGGGGCCUUUGAGGGGGACUAAACAAAGACCACCUCACAUUUAUAAGCAGUUUCCCAUUGAUAUGUUUAUAUGCUGUUUUUCCUCAAUAACCAAAAAAGUCUUUUUUUGCAUGCAGCCAUGUUAAGAUAAGAAAUUAAAGGGGGCAGAAACGAAAGUACUCAGUACCAUAAAUUCCAAGGUCUGUUGGUGGGAAUGCAAUGGAUGUUUUGGAUACCGGGACUAAAGGUAUCCUGAAAUAUGGGAACAGAAAGAGAACGUUUGCAAAAGUACCCAGAACCUGGUUUUGGUCAAGGGACCACCAUUACAACCAAGAAGCAAAUCAGGGACCACUGCUUUGGUGGAAUAUUAUUUUAUUUUGCACUGAAGGAGGAUAGACCUAAACACGGUAUUUAUUUGCAUCUGUAUGUCUAUUUUGGAAUCCCAUCUACA